AUGGCUUGGGAUUCUAAAACCCUUCCCUCUUCACAAAAUAACAAUCCUAGGCUCAAACAUCCUCAACCCCAAUCUCAGUCUCGAAAUGGCGUCUCUACGUCAGAACCAAAUUUACCAUCAAAAUCUACCCACGUUGCAGAUCCUGUUCUCCAACCGUUCUUGAACCCGGCUUUUGAUCCUGUAGAUUACCUCAAUUCGACCUUGCCUUCUUUACAAUCUUCGAAUACGUCGUCGUCUUCAAGAAAUGUCGUCCCUUUAGCUGAACUGUCUACACAGACACAGACUCUACUUUCACAUCUUAGCGCACACACCACUAGACUUACGACUACUCUUACACAACUCACCGAUGAGAUACUGCGAAGUGGAAGCCGAUUGGCCUAUGAGGUGGAAGUGCUACGAGGAGAGACAUUGGGAUUAUCAGAAGCGUUGACCGAAGGACUACAUGAUGAUAUUACAAAGUUCGUUCCGGGAGGGCUUGAGAAUGAUCUGUCAAGAAGACCAACAAAGUCUGGAGACUCUAGGGCGCGAUCUGCCACAGCUAGCAUGCCAAAAACACCUACCUCAGAAGACACGAACAGCACCAAAAUCGCCGAUCCUCCUUAUGUGACACAAUUACGAACGCUUACACUUGUACGGUCACGAUUGGAUACUGUUAUAAAGACAUUUGGAGAUGCAAUGGCAUGGACAUUUCCACCAUCAGAAGUAUCGGUCACUUCAUCCUUUCUUUCUGUUUCCGCUCCUGAGCCGGGGUCAGAAGCACAUAGCACCGAGGAAAAAGGACAAGAAGUUUCCAAGAAACUACGUGAUGAAAUUGCAGAUUUGUUAAUUGGGGAUGAUCCAGUCGAUGGUAUUGAGGCAGCAGCCAAAAGAGUACAAGAACUGAAAGAAUUGGCACUUGUGUGGAAAGGCACAGCUGAAGAGCGGGCAAGGAGUAAAUUUGUUGAAAGUCUUGCAAAGAUGGUCGAAGACAGACAUCGAGAUCUAUUAAAGGAUGCUGAACAGAAUGGUCAAUUAAGCCAAAGAGUCGAGGUUCUUCAAGGCCAAGAAACAUCGAUUUCUGGUGUCGGCGAGAACAGGACGCAAAGUGGAUAUGGGUUUAUCAAUCAACUGCAACGACUCAGAGGCUCUUAA